UUGGAUUAUUAAGAGGCAGGGAUAAUCUUCGAAACAGAUGUAAGAUUGUGCGAUGGAUGCAGAAAAAAAUAAUUCUGCCCAGAGCAAUGAAAUGCAACUCAUGCAAGAAAAAAAUGAAGUUACACAAACGGUUCCAAGGAGAUGGAUAUCAGUGGUGUUGCACAAGGAAUGCACAUCACCAUACAGACAUUACGGCUUCUGUCCGGAAGGGGUCUAUGUUUUUUCGCUCCCGUUUAUCUCUGCGACAACACUUAGAGUUCAUCUAUAGAUUUUCUCAGGGCCUGAGACAGAGACAGAUGGAGCUUAUUGAGGAUGGGAUAGCUGGCAGUAGCAGAACUCUGACCAAAAUGACAUCAGCUUUGAGAAAAGUCUGCAUUUCAGCGAUGACAAAACUUCGACAGCGUGGAGGGAUGCGUGUUGGGGGCCCACACCACUUUGUGAUGAUAGAUGAGAGUAAAUUCUCACACAAAAGAAAGUACAAUCGUGGACGUGUAGGUUCUACCUGGCGACGGAGCAAAAAGUGGGUACUAGGAAUUCUUGAAGUGGGCGUUACCACCCGGAAGCCCAUACUGAAAAUCGUCUCCAAGAGGUCGAGUGCACAGAUGCUACCUGUUGUGAGACACUAUGUGAGAAGAGGCACCAGUAUCAUUACUGAUGAGUGGCGAGCGUACAGAGGUCUUUCAGAUCUUGGAUAUGACCACCAUACUGUUUGCCACAAGAGACAUUUUGUACAUCCACUCACUAGGGCUCACACCCAGCACCUGGAGAGGGCUUGGCAAAAAUUCAAGGUUGAUGUGUGGCGACACAGAGCAAACCGAAACACAAAACUCCUGAAACAGUACCUGAAGAUUAUAGAAUGGGAACACUGGCUCGCCAAGAAGCACAAAUGGGGUAUACUGGGAAGACUGCUCCAUGACAUUAGAAAAAUGUAUAAAAGCCAUUCUUAAUUAAAUAGUCCAGAGGAGCAUUCAGAAUAGUGGAUCUUAGCAUCUGCAGUCAUUAAAUGCAAAAAUACAUAAUCUGUAUUAAUAUGUUUUAAUAUUGGCACAUAGUUUGACAGUGUGUUCAAGGAUAUUUUUAAUAAUAGAGGCAAAUAUGUCCAGCUAAUUUCCAUCCAUGUAAUUUAAUAUUUUGGUCACGUACGUUAUGGUUAUGGC